GGAGCUUCUUUCGUAAACGGUCUAAUGGAAGCGGGAAAUCUUCUCCGUUCAGUCCCGUUAAACCCUCAUAUCUCCUCUGGUCACCGUCUUCCCACUUUCCGGCAAUUCGUUAGGGUUUCCGCCAACUUACAGGGAGGUUAUAGAGGACCAAGGCCAAAGAGGGAAUUAAUUGCUGAAUGGGUAUCAAACAAUGAUGAUGCUGUCAGGAGCAUGCCGAUCUACGUCGGAGGGAUCUCUCUGUUUGCCGUUCUGUUUAACAGGACAAUUUCCGGCAUAGCUCCCGUUGCUGAUGCCAGCAGUUCUCAGUCUAGAGCUGAUCUACUUACAAUUGGGUUGGCAGUAACUAAUAUUCUAGCUGGUUUGGUGUGGCUAUCAAUUCGACCGAAAACCAUAUCCGUGGUGCCACCCCGAGGUGUGGAGUGUGAAAGAAUACAUUCUAACGUUCCGGAUCUUGUAGCUUCUGAACUAAUAUGGGCAUGGGAAUCAUUGUCAGCCAUGACGUGCAGCAGGUCUCUAGUUAUUGUAUAUGAUGACAUUUGUGUUCUCCAAAUUGGAUGUGCUUCUGCAGCUUCCUCUAAUGAAGGUGAACCAUUGGUUGUAGAUGCUGAUAAGUUGAUGCAAGGAUCUAUCUAUCAAGGUGUUGUUAAAUCUGGAUCGCAGAGCUACUUGGCUAACUUAUCUCUUUAUCCUGGAAAAUCCGAGCUGCCAUUUCUCCCUUCAAAUACACAGGCAGUCAUCUUGCAACCACUUGGAGAUAAAGGAAUUGCAAUACUUGGGGGUGACACCAUCCGAGGCUUCACAGCAUCAGACCAGGCAUGGAUCACGUUAAUAGGAGAGAAGCUGGAUGCAACGCUUUCUAAGCGUAUGACCAGCAUCCCUUUGGCAAGUGGCAGAGCAAGAUAAAGGUUUUUCAUAGUUGUGUUGGGCUCCAACCAAGGUAAGUUUCUGAACAAUGGAAUACUUAAAUAUAAAAAUGAACCGACAUUAAGACAAAAUAUAUGUUAUAAAAAUAUAGAAUAAUUAACAUGUUUGAUUGGGAAAAUAUAUAUAUUUAAUAUUCUAUAGACUAACAUAACAUGUAUAGUACUCAUUUUGUCUUGAUAAUUAUGCAUUCGAUUCUAUUUUUGGUAUAAGAUAAUGGCCUC